UCAAUUUUCUCAUGUCUCAUUCGUAAACAACAGAGUACCCGGAGUCUUUGCUUUCUGUUUAUUUUUUAUCAAGUAUUGCUUUUUGGCCUUUAUAUUCGCUUCGUUGGGGCGUUUUUCAUUUUUGUUUCCCACGCUCGCACUUUUCGAAACUAGUCUACUCUACUGUCUACUACCAUCGAUUGGUUGUGUUUGUUGUCGGAGUGUCAAAAAGGUCGGUGGUCGUACUGAAUCUGAAAAUUAAAAGUUUGUAAAUUAUUGGUAAAAUUUUGUGAUUCAUUGGGUAAAGGUGCUAAAGUGUUCAAAAACGACCUGUAGGCUACAUAAAAUCUGAGUAUUUUGCAUAUGUACUUUCUUUGUUUAAGGAACAAAGAACGACUCUUCAUUACUGUUGCCAUUACUCACGUUUCAAAUAAAGAAGUUGAAAUUUCCGCUUUUGGUAAAUCAACAUUUGGUAAUAAUUGCAUUUAGUGAGGAAGUAAUUACUUGUUGACUGAAAGACGCGAAUAAAAACAAACGACGCAAAACAAAAGAUGCCAGCUGAUUCAAUUUCAAGAAUGGAUUCUAAUGGCUCUAAUGACAAUGAAAAAAAUAUUCCACCACAAAACAUUUUGGGUACAUCGCCAGGAACAUCAAGUUUACGCUCCCGCACGGACAGCGAAUGCUCUGACAAACUAGCCAGAUUCGUAUUGCCCAGCAUGGAUGGCAGCCCACCAAAGGUGAUGACGCUUGAUGAAGUAACUAAUGUAGUUAAAAACAUACAAAAUAUGGAACUUGCCCAUGAAAUUGCAUUAAAUCCUGAGUUUAAAUUACAACCCUAUGAGCCACCUGAAAACAGCCUUGAAAAACGUAUAAAGGAUUGCAUGCACAAAGCGUUCUGGGACUUACUAAGGGAGCAGUUGAACUCUGACCCUCCUUCCUAUGAUUACGCUAUACAAUUGUUAAGUGAAAUUAAGGAAUGUUUUCCCCAGAUUCUAACCCAAAAUAAUAAACUCAUUCUGGAUCAAAUCAACGAUAUCUUAGACGAGUCGGUUAUUCGCCAACAAGCUGAAAAAGGAGUUCUCGACUUUCAAUCUUAUGCAAAUUUUAUUAUUAAAAUCAUGGGAAAAUCGUGUGCACCAGCUAGAGAUGACGACAUUAAGAAACUCACACAAAUCGAAGAUGUUGUUGACAUGUUCAAAGGUAUUUUGGAUACAAUGGCUCUUAUGAAAUUGGACAUGGCGAAUUUCUUAUUAGAUUUUUCUCGUAACGCCAUCAUGGCAAACUCAGUCGAGUAUGAGAAACAGAAAUUUAAUGAAUAUUUGGAAUAUUAUAAAUUUGGUUUUCCCGCAACAGAAAAUUGGCUUCAACGUAAUCUCACCCAAACAUCAAAUGGCACGCUAAUUACUGCAGAUCAGGCUAUGUCGAAUGCUUAUAUGGAGCUCAUGGAUUGGAAGGAAGAUGUUGAUUUCCCUGAAAUUCUUUCCACAGACAAGGAGCGUAUUCUCAAGUUGGGCCAAAGAGCUAAGCGUUUGUGUGUCGGAGCAUCUCUAAUAGCCAUUUGUUCCGCAGUACCUGUUAUAUCGCAACGUUCCGAAAAUCGAAUUGAGUUAGCAAAACAAUUUGAAAUACUGCUACACAGUAUAACGAACGAAAAAGAGAUAUCAGUGGCUAUAGAUAAUAUUUGGGAACAAAUAAAAACUGUAAUCAAUAAGUAUUUGAAAAAGGAAAGUCAAUCAACAAUGGACACAGAUGCACUGGACAUGCUCCAAACGCAAAUAAAGCAAAUUGCUAAUAGGGAUGCUCCAGUUAGGCAACUUAUGUGGAAACGAUUGCAGACAUAUUUUCGACUAGCACUCCGUUCAAAAGGGGGGCUACCGCCUCCACCACCAGGAUACGUUGAUUUCAAAGAUGAAUUAGAAUUCUACACCACUGCCCUUAAACGUGUGAUAGCCUAUAAUCAUUCUGUAUUUGGAGAAUAUUUUUUGCAGAUACUCACCCAGCGUCAAACUGAACCAAAUAACGAGACCGUUUGUGCAAGUGAAGGUGCCUCCUCCGAAGCUGAAAUGUUACCCUCGCAGCAAUAUUUACCUGACACAGAUUUACGUGCUGAUGACUGUCGUGGGAAAAAGUGUGUAGAAGGCAAAAUGUCUAACGCCAGUGAUAAUUGUGCUGUAAAAAUAGCUGUGAGGGAAAGGCCUGUUCGGCAAUCCUUAAUAAACAGCAAGGAGUCCAGCGUCAUUGGAUACCACCCAAAUCCAAACAUUUUAAUCGUUGAAGAGAGGCCCUUUACUUUCGACUAUGUUUUGAGUCCUGAAGUAACCCAGACGCAAGUGUUUGAAGAUUUAAUAAAGCCUCUGGUGAAAAAAUUGAAGCUGGGCUUCAACUGUACUGCGUUGGCAUAUGGGCAAACAGGUACAGGGAAAUCGUAUACGAUGGGAUUAGAUUCGACGAAUUUUGAGGGCGAACAUAUCGGUGUUGUACCUCGCGUUUUAAAGGAAAUAUUUUCUGCCGAGACUCAAGAUAAAGAUAACACUGAGAACGAACCCGUGUUCAAAAGAGAAAUAUCAGCCUCGUUUAUUGAGAUUUACAAUGAAAAGGUCUAUGAUUUAUUGGCGGAAAAUUCUAGCGAGCCAAUUAUUGCAAAAGGUUUCAGGUACACUGGCGGGUCCCGCAAACCUUUAACCGACAUAAAUGAGUGUCACGCCAUACUCACACAAGGUAGUAAAAAUCGUCAUGUUAGACCUACAAAAAUGAAUUCCCAAAGUUCCCGUUCUCAUGCCAUUUUUACUAUACAUCUACGUUGCAUUUUGAGGAACACGAAUGGCGAAGAGUCCAUUAUAUCGUCUUGUAUGAAUCUUGUUGAUCUAGCUGGAUCUGAAGGCGUGAGACGAACCGGUCACCAGGGUGUAGCCAUGUCAGAGGGUGUCAACAUAAACCAGGGCUUACUAUCCAUAGGAAAAGUUUUACAAGCAAUGACAAUGGGAAGUAAGGUUAUACCAUACCGUGAUAGUGUUCUAAGUUCCGUAUUACAAGAUUCACUAAAUUUGAACUCGUACUUAACAUUGUUGGCGUGUAUAAGUCCACACAGGGAGGAUUUGAGCGAAACUCUCUCCACCCUAAGGUUCGCUCAAAAUGCCAAGCAAUUGAAAAAUACUCCUCAAAUCAAUAGCAUAAUUGCAGAUAUAAAGAAAAAUGCAAAAAUCAAACAAACCCCAUACAAAAUAAAACCACUGCAAAAUAAUAUUGCCAAUAGAGCUACACCCCUAAAGAGGACAUACUCGGCCAUAAACGGAAUGCCUGUAAAGUCAGUCAUUAAAAGUAAUACCUUUUGCACGCCAAAGAAGCAGCGUGCUGAGGUGAAUAGAUGCAAUCAAACAGAAAUUACAAGCAGCAAAAGGCCAAAAUUGUCAAAUGUUGCCAUGAAUCUGCCCAACAUGGCACAGCUGGAAUCUACUCACAAUCGAGAAUCUCUCUUCAAUCGCAGUUCAGAUUCUAAUGGAUCGCUUUUAAGCUUAAACAUAUCUUCUUCCACAGCCGUUGAUGGACUAGUUAACAACAACCACAACAAAGGAAAUACGAAUUUCAGUCCGGUUAUUCGCAAAUAUAUGACAGAGUUAGAAUCCGGUUUGGAGAAAAAAUUCAUUGACAUCCUACAACGCAAUUUACAUGCCCUAAUGCCACCACAAACUCCGGCUGCCGCCACGAUGGCUCCACACCAAACACCAUUGACGCAGAACAUGCGCCAGGAAAUUAAAAGCAUAAUGAAGGAAGUUCUUCAGGACAGUCCAAUAAAAGCAAAUGCCAAAUGUCAGCUGUUCAAUACGAGUGAAGAUAUGUUCAAAGUUCCUGAAGUACCACAAGGUGUAUUGCAUCCACCCAAAACCUCUAGCCCUAACAUGAAAAGUGAUGAAAGAGUCUCUUUCACGGAGACAUUUUUCGCCGGUGUCAACACAUCCGAUAAAAAAGAUUUGAAUAAAUCUAUAAGACGCUCGAGACGUAUUUCUGAACGCUUUGGCAUUGCGCAUUCUGUUAUUGAAAAUGAAUUCCAGAUUCCAAGUGAACCAAUAAACGAAAGCAGCAACAACACUUCAUACCUACGCAGAAGCUCGCGUCGUUCUGUUCUUCAAAGGUAUGCGGAAAAACGGAAUAAUGGACGCCUGACAACACAUAAAGAGCUCGAUGAAAUACCCGCCAAAUCAGAAACAUCAACAAAAACUCCGAAUAACAAGAAAGCCAAUAAGAGGCUAAAAGACAAUAAUAACAGUUUAAUAUCACAGAUUUGCAACAGUUCCUCGACAUCGACCAACGCCAAGUCAAGACUGAGUAAACACAGGAAAGGAGUUUUGGAACUACUCAACAAAGGUUCACUUAAAGAAAUACAGAUCUUACCAAUGAUCGGUCAAAAGAAAGCUUUUCAAAUAAUAACACAAAGAACUCUUCACGGCAAAUUCAAAACGUGGCAUCAAGUCGAGAAACUCCCGGUAUGGCGUGGCAAUGAAUGGCAGCGAUUUUCAGAGGCAAAUUGUUUGGUGUGAUUCUUAAUAAAAUUGAAAAGGCAAUAAAUAUUU